GUGGUGUGGCAUUUUAAGUAAAACAUUUGGUCAUACUGGUUGGAAAUUACUUAACAUGCUGCAAGGAUUGAUUCAAAGGACCUGCCUAGCGGUAGCUAAUACCGCUCAAACUCUGCUUGUGCGUGAGAAGCACGCCUUCAACCGGGCGCUGCUAAAGCCGAAAGUUCGCUGCCAUUUCCCAAAACCCAAGGAAGUUAAGAGAAUCAAUGUCCACGGCUGGGAUACAAGGAUGUCCACGCCCGAGGGAAGGCGGGUGCUGAUGCGCAGGAUACUAAAGGGCCGCCAUGACCUGUCACACUAGCCUCUCGUUGAUUUAAUAAACCUUUCUUUAUUUACAAAACAAUGUCAA